AAGAUUAUAAACAAAAAAUAUAAUUUAAAAAUUGUGGCGCUAGUGUAGUUAAGUAAAUGAUGGGGAUAAAAAAGAGCAAAAGAGUAAUUGUAUAUUAUCAUAGUCAUCAUUCUCAUCUCAACCAGUCAGCAGUUGUUAAAGACUAACAAAUUAAAUUAACUACAGUAGUUGAAAGUAUUUUAAAUGAUAUUUUUAAAUAAGACCUCAAAAAAUAUGUAGAAUAUUAAUUCUAUUUUUUAAAUUAAUAAAUUUCCCGCGUUAAAAUGAUUUAUUUUUUUAAUACCAUUUAAAUAAAGAUAUUUAUGGAAAUAUUGGUUUAAAUAAAUAUAUAAAAAUGACAUCGACAUGUAAAAAUAUUGAAUUGAAUGAUAAAUUAAAAUCAAAUGACAGUAAUAAAAUAAAUGUAAAUAAAUCGAUAACGGGCGAGGAAAGAAAAUCGUUUUUAAAUUCACGUGAAAAUUUGAGUAUUUCGGAUAUCGAACAGGGAUUUAAUAAAAAUUUAUCUUGUGUGCGUAUUAAUAAAUUUAUUGUUUUAAAUGUGUUUACUAUUGUUUUAGUUAUUAUUAUUAUUUUUAUUGAAACAUUUAAUUUAACGAGAGUGAUUAAUAAUAAAAAAGAAAUCGAUGAUCUCAAACAAGAAUUUGAUUUAUUGAGACGACAAUUUUAUGAAGAAAAUUUUUUGGACAGACUUAUGGCAUUUGAAGAACAGUUGUACGAUGAUGAAGAAAUGGACGAUUCAGAUGAACAGGAACAAGAUGAUUACACUGAUUAUGACACGAAAAUUCCAACGUCAACGAAUACAUCAACUGCCGAUGAUAAAUUUGAACGGGCACUCGACGCACUUGACAAAUUAGAAGAAUUAAAAAGUAAAGAUUUGAAGAAAAAUUAUCAUGACAGUGUCAUCAAUAAAACAACAAAUAAAUCGAAUCAAGUUAAUAAAAAUCAACGAGCGAAACGGUUUAUUAGCGAUGAAUUGCCGGUUGGAUACACUAAAGAUGAUGUGCCGAUUUUUAAAUCAACAUUUCCGCGGUUAAAAAAAAAUCAAACUGAUUAUAAAAAUCGAAAAAAUUUAACUGACCAAAUAAAAUCACGAGAUUAUAUUAUUAUGAAAAAUUAUUUCAAACUCAAACAUCAAGGAAAUCGACGCAAUUAUCGUAAAGCUCCGGAUGAAGCAACAAAGUCUAAACGCAGAAUAACAAGAAGAAAUCUUCGAAUGUCCCGUCAAAUAUUAGCAGCACAUUACGGCGCAGACAGCAGUAUGUUUAGCGAAGAAGACGAGCACACUGGCAAUGGGAGAGCUCGACAUUCUGAAGGAGUAUUUAAAGCUUGGAGAUCAAGUGAUUGGAUGGAAGAUUUUGGUAUGGAUCGUCACUUUGUUCUCGCUAAUGACGGAAGAUUGACUGUUCACGAAUCAGGACUGUAUCUAGUAUAUGCGCAAAUUCAUUACCUCGAUGAACAUGAUGAAAAUGGAUUCCAUUUGCUUGUCAAUGGUCAUCCGAUUCUGCAAUGCAUGGUUUACAGUCCAGGGGUUGAACAUAAAAGCCGUUCGUGCUUUUCAGCCCAAGUUACUCUACUAGAAAGUGGGGAUCGGAUUGUUUUGAAAGACAUUGGAGUGUCACGCUAUACUCUAUUCCAAAAAGAAAAAAGUUUCUUUGGGCUUAUAAAACUCGGUGAUAUAAAACAACAACAACAACAACUGCAAUUACAGACAACUUCAGAAACUACUGUAAUAUAGUCGCUAUUUAACCUUGUUGAUGUUUUAUUGUGUAAAUAUAAUAUUUAAUUUAAAUUAAAGUAGUUUAAUAUGAAUAUUUUACUAUUAAUAGAUAACAGAUUAUAAGAAAUAGUAAAUUUUUAAAAUAAAAAAAUCUUGUGUAAUAAAUAAAAAAUUUAUAUCCAAAA